CCUUCUAUCCAUCUCCUUUUUCCCUUUUCUUCGUCUUCUUCUUCUUCUUCUCAUCUGUUUCGGAGAACAGCAGACGACGGUAAAUACCGCCGACAAUUUCUGGGUUUGCAUCAGGUAGGCGAGUCGUAACGGACUGGGGCCCUUUGUGUGAUUUCGGACUCACGACAUGCUUGAUACACAUGGAGAAGAUGGGUCCUUUAGUAGGAUCAAGAUAUUCUGAUUUCACCAAGUCUUUCAAGCUUGCAAUUCGCUCCCUUCUUACUUCCUGCUCCAAAGAGGAGUUUAUCAAAGCAUUUUCAAAUUUCAGCAGUGCAGAGCAGGAAAGUCUCCACCGGCUAUUUGUCCAGGUUAUCACUUCUUUGCAUAAAAUGAUAGAGGAUGAGUUUGAGUCGUUAAGCCUUGAAACACUGGUGGGAACAACUCUUGAUACUGUGGACCAACUUGUGGAAGAACAAUCUCUGGAUCCUCUAUUUUCGAAUAAGACCAAUGUAAUGGAUGUUGCAUGCAAUUUGUCAAUUGCAAAGAAAAAUGAGAUUCAGUGCUUGACGAGCAUUUUGGAAAGGGCUGAAGAACAGAAUAGCCUCAUUCAAGCUCGUCUUGAACAACUCAAGAAAAGGAGGCAAAAUCCCACUGGUACAGCAGAUGUUGACAAGUUGAGAAGUGGAACUUUGAAUUACUGGACAUCCAGAGAUGGGCUCUAAGGAAUGAAACUGGUGGAUGAAAUAUAUUAUUUAACUUUGUAAGCAGAAAUAUAUAUCAGACUUUGCAAGCAAAUGUAUAUUUUAAGAGAAACCAAAUGUAAAUUGUGAUUUAAGCAUGUCUACAAUCUGUUGUAUGCCUAUGUAGGUUUUUGUUCUACUGUUUAGUGUGGCAACCAAAAUGAAAUGUACACGAAAUUGUUAAAAGUAUCCUUCUUCCUUCA